AGCCAUCUUCUGUUUGACGUAAUUGUUAUUUCCAGUUUCUGGGUUUCAAACGCCGUCUGAAAACCGUCACAUCAUUAUAAAUUGUUGUGUGGUGUCUGUUAAAUAGAAUCUCACUUAACAUGUUUCUAAAUAUAUCGUUGUUCAAUGUUUGUACAGAUACAGAUAUGUGUGAUGUCAUACAUGCUGUGAUCAUGACAUCGCCCUUCAAUGUCGCCAGUUGUUUAAAAAAAAAAAAGAAAUCUGCAAAAUGAUCUGGAUUGGCAAAUCCAAUGUUUUUCUAUGCAUGAUCAGAUGGCAAAUGGACAGCUGUCAAGGGCCGAAGCAUUGGCCUUCUCAGGCUACAGACACGCAUGUCAUGUGAUGCUCUACUCUGACACGAAAAGUCUGCUUUUUGGUAGAACUCCCAUCAAACAUGUCAUACUGAUGCAGAUGCGCUUUGACGGUCUGCUGGGUUUCCCUGGCGGGUUUGUUAAUCAAUCACAAGAGAGUCUGGAGGCGGGGCUUUGUAGGGAAUUACAGGAGGAGCUGGGUGUGGCUCUUUCGAUAUCCGAAGACGAUCAUGUGGAUGCUCGCCAUGCCCCCAGAACCGCUCCCUGCUCCCCCCGUCUCAUCACUCACUUCUAUGUGAAGAAGCUAACAGAGGAGCAGAUUAAGGAGGUAGAGCAAGCGUCUGCAUCCACAGCAAGAGAUCACGGCCAGGAGGUCCUUGGGAUGGUACGAGUCCCUCUCUACACUACAAAAAAUGGAGGAGGCCUCUCCUCGUUCCUGUCACACGCGUUCAUCGGGAAUGCUCGCACCCAGCUGCUCGACUCUCUACUCCGCCUCCGCCUGCUUGCCCCAGAGGACCUGCACAAAGCCCUCAAGCACUCAAUGAAGACACAUGCACACAGUGCAGGGGACCUGCAAGCAGCGCUUGCGCUGACGGCAGCCAAGAGGGAUCAGUCUUGAAUCAUGGACUGCACACACAGAUGUACAGUCACAAUGUAGAUCAUAUUUUAAAUUCACCCACAUUCAACUUUUGUGUUGGUAUUCUAAAAAGAAAAUCAAAUAAAAUUGUGCCACUUACUAGUGAGCUUCAUCCAA